AUGUAUCCACCUAACCGGACAUGGAAUAAUGGCAACAGCCAUCGAAGAGGGGUUCUUACAGAGGAUAACGAAGCGCUGGCCAGUGAGCUCUGUGUAAAAGUUGAUUUACUGAAGGAACUUUCUAAGAAUAUUGGCCAAGAAGUUCGAGAGCAAAACGGAUUUCUCGAUGGCUCUCUUUCGGAUAUGCUUACACGGUCGGAAAACGGUAUUCGGAGAGCCCUUACUCGUGUUGGCAUUAUAAAACGGGACCAGGGAUAUUGUGGUUUGGGUCUUUAUUGUCAACUUUUCCUUUUUGCUUUUCUAUUUUUCUUCCUCUAUUCUGAAUUACCAACAUAUCAGCCGGCUCGUCGCCUGCGUUUAACUAUAAUAACAUUUUCUCUCUUUGUAUUGUUGAUUAUCGUUCUUGAUGCUUUCAUUAAUUGGAAUUCCAAACGGGAUGAAGACAAUUUUCAAUAUGAAAUAGCUUCUUCUGAAGAGCGCCUUCAAAGUGGGUAUGCACAGUUUUAUCUUUUACAUGAACCCGCGUCCUUUUGGGUUCAAGUUACCCCCCACGAACGAGAUGUGGAUUUAUAUGUUGUAGCAAAUGAGGAUUUAAAUUACUUUAAGGAACGCCUACCCCGAUUGAAAAGUCUUCUUACUUCAUCAACUAAAGGAAUCAAAGGCGCUGAUUCCAAAUCACUGAUCUACAAAUUGGAUCCUCCACAAACCUGGGAGACUAUUGCCCCUCCUGACGUAAUUGAAUCCAAUAGGAGUCACUUAGAGAAUGCUUCAAACACAAUGUACUGGUCUAGCGGCCCAACCUUCACCAUCUCUUCGUCCGGACUCGGGGUGGAAGUAGUUUACGUCUCCAAAGCCCUCGAAAGACCUCUUUUGUUAAUUGUGUUUGCUCCUUCUGGGGGCUUUUUCGUGAAAUCAGCUGAACCUUCUAAAGGAUCAGAGGAUAGCCAAUACCACCACUAUACUAUUCAGAUAUUUGAAUCAAGCGAGGAAGUAACUUCGACCUAUGAAUCAGUUCGAGCAGAGGCAGAGAAAAGAAGUCUUUCUUACGACCAACUUGCUUCAAUGCACUCGACUAUACGCGAGAAAGAUGAUCGAAUGUAUAAAGGCAAUUUCAAACCGUCUCACAGUUUGCCAAAGUCACCGAUCCAGACUGGAAAGGAAGAGGAAAGACGCAGGGAGACCGAUCAUAAGGAAGGAAACACAGAGAGGAUCAGCUUGACGAAAUUCUUUCUCUACGAAUUCCUUGAAAUAUUGUUGAACGCUAUUAUUUGA